AAAGGGAGCGUGCCAAGACUUCCCUGAGAUAAGGCAACCCUUUUGACACAGCCCAAGAGGGCCAUUCUGCAAGAGAACCUGGUGGCAGCUAACAGGUGUCCCUCGUCUCCUGCUCUUCCCAGAACAAACAGCCAGACAGUCUGCCCAGGCAUGUCGGACAUCGGGUUGGGCCAGAGGUCUGCCAAGGAGUCGGAGCUGGAGGUCAAGUGCAGCCCCCCCCAGCCGCACUGGUUUGAGCAGUACAUCCAGCCCUGCCUCGGGGAGCUGGUGGGCUCCGCCUUCUUCAUCUUCAUCGGCUGCGCUUCGGUCAUCGAGAACGUGGAGGGCACCGGCCGGCUCCAGCCAGCACUGGCCCACGGGCUGGCCCUGGGGCUCACCAUUGCUGUCCUGGGCAAUAUCAGCGGUGGCCACUUCAACCCGGCUGUGACGCUGGGAGCCUGGCUGGUCGGCGGGCUGAACAUGGCGAUGGUCCUUCCCUACUGGGCCGCCCAGCUCUGUGGUGGGCUGGUCGGAGCUGGUCUGGCCAAGGCCGUAAGCACCGGCGACAGGUACAGCAACGCCUCUGGGGCCGCCUUCACCACCAUCACGUCGGAUGACCAAGUGGCAGCGGCUGUCAUUGGCGAGAUUGUCAUGACCAUGUUCCUGGUCAUGACCGUCUGCAUGGGAGCCAUCAACGAGAAGACCAAGAGCCCCCUGGCCCCCUUCUGCAUCGGCUUCACCGUGACCGCGGACAUCCUCGCAGGGGGCGCUGUCUCAGGAGCCUGCAUGAACCCGGCCAGAGCGUUUGGUCCGGCACUGGUUGCAAACUACUGGGAUUACCAUUGGGUGUACUGGGUAGGCCCCAUCGUGGCCGGACUUCUCGUCGGGGCAUUGAUAAGGUUCGUGAUUGGGGACAAGAGAACCCGCCUCCUCCUAAAAUGAGGGGCCCCUGGGCAGACUCUGGGAUGGGGCGCAGAGCCUAAAUGGGUCCCUCCUAAGCUCUUCAGUAUGAAACGAAAAUCUCUCUGACAACCGUCCACCAAGAUCUCUACUUCCCUGUCCAGUCGCUGCCCCCACAGCAGGACUUUAGGGCAGCUACAUCCACCUGGGGUGAGGGGGGCAGCCGAGACCCUGGAGAAUGCUGCGAAAUGCUGCUCCCUACUCUUGAAAACGAAUUUUCGAUGAUUUCCACGCUGUUCAAAACCAACACAGGUGCACCGGCUCCCAUCAGAAGAAGGACAUCUCGCCUUUGGUGCUCCUGGUAGGAAUGUCCAGGAGGGGGCGCCUUGCUACUGUACUGUUCACACACCAGUUUUGAACAGGCGGGGUGGGGAGGGGAAGAGUCCCAGGUUCAAGCUAGCUUCCCACCACACCUUCUAACUUCAAAACCUUGCUCCUUCAUUACAGGAGUGUUGGUUGCUCCAGCUGCCCUGCCUGUCUGUGCCUUUAAUAGUUGUCUGGCAGGCUACUAUUCAGCAGGUCCAGCUUUCCCUGACAAGGAGUUUGCAGCAAUGGGAAAGGCUCCAGCAGUGCACAGUUCCUGUAGCUGGAGAGGGCUGAGGAAGCCCUGUCUGGAAAGUGGUUGUCUUAGGUCACUUGUCAAGAAGGAGAGGGCAUUCUGAAGAUGGGCAGAGGCGCUCUUCUUCAGGAUGACUUUGCAGGGCUUUCAAAACACAACCUAGGGCUGAGACCCUGAGUGGGUGCCUCGGAUGCUUAGAUGUAGGCCUGCCUGGAGCUGCUGCAUCUCUCUGGGGUCUUGGGCACAGAGAGGUCUCCGCCACCAGCACCUGCUGCUUCCAGCCUGAGAUCCCUUUCACUGGAGAUGCCACCUUGGAUUAAGCCCUGGGACCUCCUGCAUGCCAGGCAGAUGCUCUGCCACACAGCUUCCUCCUCUCUCUCUCUCGCUCUCUGUCCAUUGUUAGCAUCGUCUCCAGCCCAGCCAGAUCUGUGGGAUUCACCCAGAACACACACACACACACACACACACACACACACACACACACACACACACACACACACCACGUUUCUCUUUGAACUGACUUCAUGUGCAAAAAUUACCACAUUCAUGAAGGAAGGUUCCCCCCUCCCUCCCUCCCCGUCCAUCCCCUUGGCCUUUGCUUUCCAUGUGGAGGGAUAUCCCAACGGGAGCAAAGAGCAGCUUGGCUGGAGGGUUCUUUUUUGGUACGAUCUUUUCAGAGCAUUGCCAUGGCAACUCCUCAUCCUGCAAGCAUCUUUGCUGCUGCUGCCGCCACCACCGCCAAGGCCGUCCUUAUUACUGAAAGGAGAGGAAAUGGCUCUUUGCUUUCUUAGCCGUCUUCUUGCCGCUCUGGACUAGCAGAGGCCUGGCUAAGGUUGGGUGGCAUGGAAAUUGGGGACCCAGCAAGGCUGGACAUGCCCAACACCUUCCCCUGUGGUCCCCGGCAAAAGUCCAAAGCUUCCCAAAAUGGGGAGGAGUGCUGUCAGCCCCACAGCGUGUUCGAGCCCCAAUAGAUGCCUUGAAAUCUCUUUUUUAAAAGGGCUCUGAAACCUUCUGGGUGUCAGUAGCAGAAGCCAAAGCAGCAGCUUUGGCCAGCAAAGGCCCACGGGAAAGUGUUGCCGAUCCAAAAUGGAAAAUGUGUCCCUUUGAAAGGAAAUUGGAAUUCCCAGGUCGUUUAAAAAUGAAAGGAAGAAAAUACAGCCUAGAUUGCAGCUUGGCAAAAAGGCAGGGGGGGGGGAAAUACAAGCUCUCUUUCAGCAAAUGCCCCUUUAUUGUUAUUUAUAGAGGGCUCUCAGACAGUCUACAAGAGCAAUACUCAGUUUCACUCUCAGAACAGGGCUCUUGAACGGCAGGAAAAUUGUUAAAUUGUUCAGACUUAAAGAAGAGAAGGCAAAAUAUCAAAGAGAGACACCGCUCCCCUAGCCUGAUAUAGGUCCCUCAGAUUGGUGCGUGUGUGUCCUUCCUUUGUUGCUCUUUCUCUUGCUGGAUUUUGCUUGCUUAGUGCCACCUUCAGACAUCUUGGCAUCCGUCUGGGAUCCGUUCCCUAUCCCUCACUUCACUAUACAUGCAGGAGGUCCCAAGUUCAAUCCCUGGCAGCGCCUCCAAGUGGGGCUGGAAAGGACCCUUCUCUGCCCGAUACCUUGGAGUGCCUCUGCCAGUCAGUGUAGGGAGUACGGAACCAGAUGCACCAAGGGUCUGACUCCGUAGAAGGCAGCUUCCCGUGUUCCAGUUUAAGGGCUGCCUGCUCUUCCUUUUGAGAACACAGUGCAAAAUUGUUAUUAUUAGUGGUGGUGUUUUUUGUUGUUUUUUUAAAGGGAAUGGAAACAUGAUGCAUUAGAACACAAUGGAUACAUGAUUGAUAUUCCCAACUGCACACGUUGCAUCUUUAAUGAAGAGAGACUAGUUGAUUAAGAAGCA